AUGGGUCCUUCCCUUUGCCGUCCAAGCUCCCAACAUCCCAAGCCAAGAGAUAACCAUUGCUCCUGCCUCCUGUCCAGUCCUGGAAUGGACAAAGCUUGCAACAGGGCUCUGCGCCGUGAGGCCGCCUGCGUUUGGCAAGAAGAAGAUCACCCUGAUGCUGCUUCUUGUAUGACCUCGGGAGCGUCCAGCGGGUCGUCGUUGUGCUCAUUGGCGUCGAAUCUGGGCGAUGAGUCGAGUUACUCCCCUCCUGAUGAUCAUUCUUCAGGGUCAUCUUCAGCAUCGUCGAGCACCUUGCAGCUGGACUCCGAGGCCGAGGGACCUCUCUACGAGCUGUCUUCGCUGCUAGCCCAGCUUCCUGCCAGGACAGGGCUGUCCAAGUACUACCAAGGGAAGUCCCAAUCAUUCACAUCGAUAUCUUAUGCUACAUGUCUUCAAGACCUUGGAAAGGAAGUUACCUACAGCAAGAGGAUGAAGACAUGCAAGAGCUAUACAUCAGGAUUAGGCAUGAAGCAGCGGUCAAAUCACUUACCAAGGACAUGCAACAAGAUGAUAACAAAGAGGUCCUCAAAAGGUUCAUUUGCUUGUCAAAUGUCCAGAGCAAGCAGCACCAACCUCUUGUACAGCAGUGCCAAUUUACCUGCACACCAGAACAAGGAAGAUGUACAAAUGCAUAUGAACCCUUAACUAUAUACAACUAGAAUGCCAGGACUCCACUUCCAAUGAACAUACAGCACUUACUGUACAUUUUCACAUGGAAAUUCAAACUAAUUUUUCCUUC